AUGCUAACUAAAUCGUGCUCUUACUUUUCUUCCUUUCUACGUUGCCCUAUUCAGGUUAUUGCUGUCGACCCUGAUGCGGGUAAGAAUGGCACUGUCCAUUACUUUCUGGCCAGUCAAAAGUCCUUCACGCAAGCAGCUGGAGACGCCAGCAACAACAAAGACGCCCUCAAGCUAGUCCCCCUAACCGGCCGCGAAGGUCAGCUCUUUGAACUUGACCGUCGACGCGGCACCCUGUCUUUGAAGCAUGGGUUGUCUGCGGUGGAUGUCGGCCAAGUCUUCCAUCUGCACAUUAUCGCCAGCGACAUGGCAGCCAGUCCCCUCCAGACGGAGCGUGUUCUGGCGGUGCAAGUGGACCGUUCAGAGCCCCGAGGUGAAGCCGCCUCACGAAAGUGGGCCAGCGCUGGGUUCGGAGCCUUUGGAAAGAAUGUCUCGGACUCCAUGAUCAAUUUCUUCAUCAUCAUCUUCAUUGUGGUUGCGGCCUUCAUUAUAUCCGCUGUCCUCCUGACGGCAGUUUGCAUCGUGCUCAGAAAACCUCGGCGGAACGCCAACAACCCAAACAUUAUUCGUAAGUUUGUUUAA